AUGGAUCCUAUUCUGCAAGCACCCGCUGAUGGGUUCAAAUUUGACAACAGCUCCGGAUAUUGCUGCGAACCAAGGAACAGUCUUGAUUCUGGAACUAGUCGUUUCACAUGUUUCUACGAAUCCAAGAACUCUUCUCCGACCGAAUCUACUGAGUCUCAGAACCCUUCUCUGACCGAAUCUACGAACUGUUCAGAGUACCAUUUUUUUUUGAAAUACAUCAAUGACAUGUUAGUGGAAGAAGAUUUUGAAGGACAGUCUUGUAUGUUGGAAAACAGUUUGGCUUUACUAGCCGCAGAGGCAUCUUUCUUCGAAGUGCUUCAGGAGGGUCAAACUCCUCCGUCAAUGACGAGCUUACUUCAACCAACCUCAGAUUUCACAGCAUUGCCUGAUAUCUCAGAAGAAUCAACAAGAGCUACCGCCUACGAGAUGAUGAGGAAGAAGAUGUUCCUAAAGGUGGAAGGAAAUCAAAGCUCCCUGCAAUUUCAAAGGUUCAGUGGAUAUGCGGAGUCUCCUGAUGCAAUGCGCUCAAGCAGUAGCUGCUUUGACCAUAAAAGAGCAGCUGAGAAACUGGAGGAUAUAAGAGCACAUUCUUAUAGCCACGGUGACGCAACUCAGAGACUUGGUUACCAUUUUGCUGAGGCUCUUGAAGCACAUAUCACUGGAAUCAUGAAGACACCACUAUCUGCUACAUUUAGCGAAACAUCGAUGUUUGACAUUUUGACGGCCUACAAGGAACAUCCCGGUGGACCACCAACGCUCCGUGUGACCGGAAUUGAGCUGCCUCAGCUAGGAUUCCGUCCAUCAGAGAGGCUUGAAGAGACCGGGCGAAGGCUGAAGCGGUUCUGUGACAAGUUCAACGUCCCAUUUGAGUACAACUUCAUAGCCAAGAAUUAG